AUGAAAGCUUCCAUCUCGCUGCUGCAAAGGGCCUCGAAACAUAUCGACAAGUACGCAUUGUACGUCCCCAAAGAUGGAGUGUUUCCAAAGGGAUUCAAAGUCGCAUCGCAUGCAACUGGCGUGAAGAAAAACGGGAACUUGGAUCUCGGUAUCAUCAGAAACGUCAACACUUCUCGUAAGGCAAGUGCUGCCGCAUUGUUCACCACUAAUAAGUUCAAGGCUGCGCCAGUUCUUGUUUCGAAAAAAGUGCUACAAGUCACCGGAGGUGAAGGUGUGGAUGCUAUUGUGGUCAAUUCGGGCUGUGCCAACGCUGUGACUGGGGAUGUGGGGCUCAAGGAUGCCCAGGAAAUCGCAGACUUGGUCAAUGCGAAGUUGGGCAAAGAAAAUGCGACGCUUGUGAUGUCUACCGGUGUCAUUGGGCAGAGAUUGUCUAUGGAUAAAAUCGUGCCAGCAGUGUCUCAGCAAUUCGAGGGAGCAGGUAACUCCAACUUCAAGGACGAUUUCGAAUCGUGGCUCAAUUUGGCCAAGUCUAUUUGCACCACAGACACUUUCCCCAAGUUGAUUACCUCGAGAUUUGCGCUUCCAAACGGUACUGAAUACACUUUGACCGGUAUCGCCAAGGGUGCAGGUAUGAUUUGUCCAAACAUGGCCACUUUGUUGGGGUUCAUCGUCACUGAUUUGCCCAUCACUCCAGACGCAUUGAAAAAGAUGUUGCGUUCUGCUGCUGACCGUUCGUUCAACUGUAUUUCUGUGGACGGUGAUAUGAGUACCAACGAUACCAUCAGCAUGAUUGCCAAUGGUGCCGUCGAUACUGCAGUCAUCGAUGAGGCUCACGAGUACUUCCCACAAGUGCAACAACAAGUCACGGAAUUCGCGCAACAGUUGGCCCAAUUGGUUGUUCGUGACGGUGAAGGUGCUACGAAGUUCGUUACCGUGAACGUCAAGAACGCAUUGCACUUCGCCGAUGCAAAGAUCAUCGCAGAGUCUAUCUCGAACUCGAUGUUGGUCAAGACAGCUUUGUACGGACAAGACGCUAACUGGGGUAGAAUUCUAUGUGCUAUUGGAUAUGCCAAGUUGGACAACCUACAAUCGUUGGACGUUAAAAAGAUCAACGUCUCCUUCGUGGCCACCGAUAACUCGGAACCAAGAGAACUAAAGCUCGUUGUGGAUGGUGUUCCACAAUUGGACAUCGAUGAGUCGAGAGCCUCUGAGAUCUUGGCCUUGCCAGAUCUCGAAGUCCUCGUCGACCUGGGCACAGGUUCCGAGGAGUGUCAGUUCUGGACCUGCGAUAUAUCGCACGAAUACGUUACCAUCAACGGUGACUACCGUUCAUGA